AUGCAAUCAUCAUCAUCUAUAAUAAAUUCAUCAAUUAAUCAAAGUUAUGGUCUUUCACAAGAAGAGCGUACACGUAUUUAUCAAUUAUUAAAUGAAUUAGAUAAUGAUCAAUUACGUUUAAUUCUUACGAAACAUUUACGAGCGCCUUCAAUAUUAAAUGAACUACAACAUUAUGCACGUACACGACUUUUUCAAGAAUGUUUCACACUUAUUGAUAAUUGUUAUUCAAGUGAAUUAGAACAAACAUUACUUGCUGUAAGACAAAAACGUUUUCCACCAGACUUUUAUCAACAACAACAACAGCAACAACAAACACAAUCAAAUUUUCGAACACCAUAUAAUCAAGAACAACCAGCUUAUUAUACACAUACAACAAUACAAUAUGGUGGACAACCGAACUAUCGCUUAUCAUCACCAGCAAUCAUACCACAACAUAUACGAGCAAUUCGACCGAAUUUGAAUCCUUCUCAAUCAACUAAUAAUAAUGAUUCUCGCUCUGCUCAACAAGUUUCAUAUAUGCCCCCAAUUCUUUCUCAUUCACAACACAUAAGAUCGUCAUCUCCUUCAACUGCAUCUAUUCCAAAUACUUCGUCUGCAUCUGUUAUUCAACAAUAUCAAACUUCACUUUUGUCGGUACCACCAUUUAUUCAAACAGCUUCUUCUUCUGCUCAGCAAAUUCCUAUUUUACCGUCAACAAAUAAUUCACAACAUCGAACGAAUAAUUUACAGUAUUCGACAAAUAAUUCACUACAUUCAACAAAUAAUUCGCAGCAUUCGACAAACAAUGCACAACAUUCGACAAAUAUUUUGCAGCAUUCGACUAAUAAUUCGCAACACUUAACAAAUAAUUCACAACACUCGACAAAUAACUCACAGAAUUUAAUAAUCAAUAAAAUACAUUAUAAAAAUUUACCAUUUUAUCAUACAAUAACGUGUGUUUAUGAACGUUAUAAUGUAUUUCAUUAUGAUACAUAUCGAAAACAGUAUACAUCAUAUGAUGAAUUUAUUUUACCAUUAGAUAUAUGUAAUCAAUUAGGUUUAUCAUAUGAUUAUGAUCCUAAUCUUAAUCUUCAUAAAACAAGUAAAUGUCUUCUAUUACGUCUUGCACGUAUUGAUCAACCAGCAACAUUUCAUGGACAAUAUGAAGAUAAUCUUCCACCAAAUUUAGCUAUUGUUGUUAAUGGACAUACUUUAACAAAUUUACCUUUACCAAAAGCUUGUACACGACAACAAAGUGAUUUAAUGCGUAUUGGACGUGAAAUUGAUUUAACAUCAUAUAUGAUGUUUAAUCCAAUAUUAAAAAAUGAACUUCGUAUAACAUGGACAUAUCGUCUAGAGAAUACAAGUUUACAUGUACAAUAUGCUAAUGCUAAAUAUGCAUUACAUAUAUUUCUUGUUGAACAUUUAACAAUUGAUCAAUUAUGUGAAAAAAUUAUAAAAAAACCAUUAAAAUUUUAUCGUCAAGAUUCAUUGAAAUUAGUAGCUAAAGCAUGUGCUAAAGAUCGUGAUCUUGGUUUAGAAGUUAGUGAUCAAAAACUAAAAUUAACAUGUCCAAUUGAUCAAAGACGUUUAAGAAAACCUAUACGAGCAACAACUUGUCAACAUCUACAAUGUUUUGAUUUAACAAAUUAUAUUGCUUUAAAUGAGAAGUCCAACAAAUGGAUAUGUCCUGUUUGUAAUAAACCAGCUCUAUUUGAUGAUUUACAAAUUGAUACAUAUACAGAAUCAAUAUUAAAUUCAAUAAAAAAUGAAAAUAUAACCGAAAUAACAAUUAAUGCUGAUCUUCAAUGGACACCUGUUAUACAAUCGAAAAUAGAAGAUGAAUCAAUUGGUGUCAACUCAAACAUAAAUAUAAUUUCAUCAUCACAUGAUCCUAUUUUAAUUGAUGAUGAUUAA